AUGUUCGCAGCAAUCAAAAAGUAUUUCUUCCCUACACCCCUCUUGACACACUUUGACGUUUUGCAGAAGUUAGGAUCUGGAGGCUAUGGGACAGUCUAUCUGGCUCGGAGGAAGCAAGACAACACUACUGUAGCCGUAAAGAAGAUCAAGAAGAAGAGAGUCCGUGAGUACGUGACCACCCCAGUGGGAGACCUACCUUUGGAGAUCUACAUCGCAAUGAGCAUGUCCCACACCAACAUCAUCAAAACGAGUGGGUUCCUGAAGAGCGGCGGAUCCUGGUGCAUGGUGAUGGAACACUGUGUUGGGUACCUGGACCUCACUUCCUACAUUCAUUACAACAAUACCCUCUCUCAGCUCACAUCCAGGAAGAUAUUUAUACAGACCUACAAGGCGCUCACCUACUGCUUCCGACAGAACGUCGUCCACAGAGAUGUCAAAACAGACAACAUCCUCGUGCACUGGUCCAACCACCAAGUCAAGCUUAUAGACUUUGGAAUUUCCAGUUUCGUGCGAGCAAACACAAAAGUGAACGAGGACAAGGGAACAGACAUCUUCAUGCCUCCAGAGUUCUUCAUCAAACGCAGCUACGACCCUCUCGGUGGAACUGUCUGGGCACUAGGUUGUCUCCUCUACUGCAUGAUAUUCGGAGAAGUUCCCUUCGUAGACGUGGAAGAAGUCCUCUACAAAGAUCUGACAUAUUCCCUGCCCAGCCCUACUGAUGAUCCAGCCUCAAACUACUGUUUAGACCUGAUAGAGCGGUGUUUGGAGAAGAACGAGAACGAUAGAGUUUCUUAUAAGAAUAUCAGCUAUCAUCCCUGGAUUGCAAGACAUGAUCAGUCAAAGUGA